AUGGCUCGCUUUUCAGGCGCACCCGCUCGAGACCACGACUCCGAUAACGAAGUUUUGAAGCCCGACUUCCUCGACGGCAUUACAUAUACGGCACAAGACUCUCCCGGCUCGAGCAGUGUUGAUGGCGAAAAUGAUAAUGCCGUCAAUUCCGAGCCAAUGCACGAAGACACCGAAGACGACCCGAAUUCGCAGCUUCUGCGCGAAGCGGAUACCAAUCCGACCCCGACAAGCAGCCAUAAACGGACAGACGAGGAACAAGCAGCUUUACUAAAUUCCACCCUCAUAGCACACAGUCGCCGUCCAGCGCCUCUCCCUAGCAGACCUGCGAGACGAGCAGCUUCAAGAGAAGGCUACAGAGCGACAUCCACACCACAUCGUAGCAGGGGACCAGCUCGUCCGGACGUGUACGAACUACCUGCGGACUUCCCUCCUUCCAGUCCCACGCCUGUAUCGCUUCAGUCCGAAGCCCAGCAUGAACAUGCGGGAGAAUCCAACGCACGUCACCUAAGAUCAACCACGAGGGCACAGAAAGCAUCAGAGCCCAAAGAAAAUGAAGCAGUGCCGUCGGCCACUACAGUCUCUGAGGCGCCAAAAAAACGAAAGCCAGGCCGUCCAAGGAAGGACCCGACGGCCGCUCGAAUCAUAAUUAAACGCCAAAACGAAGAAGCUGGGGCGUCAAAAGAGGGCGACAAACGCAUCAAACGAAAGAGCAGCAUGGCUACAACGCCUUCGAACUCCCAGACGUCCAAAUCGACUCCCAGAAAAGCACAAACCGCAACAGAAAAAUUGUCACGAAUGCAAGCCAAGGUGGCGAAUGUCCAAGAAGCUCCGCUUGACGAUGGGCAAAUGAGCGACGCUCCUUCGGAUAGACACGCUGCGAAUUCGACAACGGAAUCAUGCUCUAGCGACGAUGAAUCCAACGAUGAUUCUGAUAUGCUUCAUGGUCUCCAAAGGCGAUUGCGACGCAUUAAGGCCAAUAAAAAAGGAGUGAAGAAGGUUCUGGAAAAGCGGGACGAAUACGAACUCAAAGAAAACAACGAAUCCACCAAGUUCAUCAACCGCAUCUGUCACGACCUUCAGAAGGAGCUUAAGGGCAUCCUGGAAACAUCGACUGUCUCGAUUGAGAUAGAGUCUGUACAAGUGAGCGAAGGCAUAAGAAGCCUUGCAAGGAAGCUUAGUAAGUUCGACUUGGCAAAUGGAGAGGAGAUCAAAAAGUUUCUUUUCCAAGAUCUUUACGCAUUCAUCUUUCCGUGCCUAUUGGAGACUCUUUGCAGCAUCGUCAAUUUUUACGUAAAUUUUCUCACAAAAGACGGCCCUCCGGACAAGAUCCCCACGUCCCAGCUGACGGAGGUCGCUGGAGUCAUGGCUGCAAUUAUUAACCUUGAUACGCGAGCCAAGAAGAGCGCCCGGGAGAGCAACGUGCAAGUACCGACUCAUCUCUCCAUUGUUAGGCCGACUCGACAUAACUUCAUUGCUCCCCUCAAGACGCUCCAUCAUCGACUAGUCCAGCUCGUCGCGCGACAAAAUGAACAGGAGGAGCGGAACAAAGCUUUGCGCGCUGAGCAAAGACGUCUCGAACGGGCCAAUCUUCGACGUCAGCAAGAAGCCGAAGAGAAGGCACAGGAGAGAGCAUUCUUGGAGGAUUGGGGAGGACUACACAUCGCCCGCAAAGAAGUCGAGCCAGAUGUUCGUCGGUGGCAUCACCUUGAUUUUGUUCCACUCCCGUCGGCCCACGAGCCAGAGGUCAUUCGAGACCUUGACGUCAAUGGCCAGCCCUUUGAUAGGGUUGUCAUGUUUCAUCAUGCGCGGAACCCGUUGCGGAGGCAGAACUUAGAUGAUGAGGGGGUCGAGUGGACUGACUGGGAGUGCCUGGCUCUCAUGGAAGCCCUGGCAAAGUAUACAGCCAUGGAAUUCCCCAACCCCAGGUAUACGGUGUACUUGAAGAUCAUUAAGAAGCACUGCGGUCCGGGCGGUGCUCUGCGCCGAUUCAAUGUAUCGGAAAUCGUCCGGAAGUCCCAGUACUUCAAGCUCAUGCUGGAGGACCGAGAAUGGACACGGCUGAUUCCCACCUUCUAA